ACAAAUGUCAAGAAAAUUGUGAUUAUCGUAAACAAACAAUCGCACCGGUUGUGAUUUCAAUGUUAAAAACAUAUAGUUAAUAUUAUUGAAAUUGUUAAAGAAAACAGUAUCAAAAUGGCAGAAAUCUUAAACGAGAUAAAUAAGUUAUGUUUAGAUAAUUUAAGUACGGAUUGGGUGGAAUCAGUUUACCAUUCCGAAUUUUUAGAAUUCGGGGACCUUCCGGAGGAAUAUGAAAGCGUACUUGAAAGUUUAGAUAUUAAAACAAUUUUUCAAGAUACAAUGAAAGCAUGUGAUUCUUGGCUAGACCCUAAUCUGAAUGAUGGAGAGGAAAGAUCUUGGUCAGCUAUUUCACACCAAAUAAAGCACCAAAGCUUACUGUCGCUUUUAGCUUACUUCAUCGAUAAUGGAUCCAAAAAUGUGCUAACUAAGGAGCAUAGAAAUAACGCAAUCCUUGCAGCCCGAGUUUAUUACAAGUUGCUGCUUAUACCAGGAUAUAAAGUAUACCAUAUAUAUCAUUCCCAACUAUUUGCACAUUCACUCGUUUGUCUCAGCUUCCCAAAAACAAUGUGUGAAAAUGAAGAUAACUACUUUAAUGUCAGAGAACUCAGUUGUGAAGUUAAUUAUCUGAUAAAGAAAUUAGGAAAAUUUGUAACAGAUUUAAAAACAAUUAUUGAGACAUUGCAAUUAAAACCGAGUGAUAUGAAUUUUGAAGAUAUUAUGAGCAAUUUGGUUGAUAUCACUGGCGGAGCAAUUGUUAAUAAACUGAAUAUUGAUAAAAUAGAAUUGGCAAAUGUAUCCAGGGUAAUAUAUGAAAUGAUAGACAUCCUCAUCUGCGGCUCAAAUCAAACUCCGAACCCACUAUCAAUCCAAGUGCUUUUCAAAUGUCUUUUACCAAAACUUAUCUCCGCAUCUGUUGAUAGCCGUAGUGUACAUAAUGUAGUCCGAGCGUCCUAUGUUACAUAUUCAGGGUUGCUGCUUACGAAAUAUGGUAAAGCCGCUUUAAAUGGAUAUGCAAUACUUUUACAGCAUUUGUGCUAUACACUUGACGGUCUGGAGCGCGCGGAAGUCCGCACAGCUCGUGUGUCACUUGUUGUGGGCUUGAUGAGCUUGUUACCAACAAAAUCAUACAAGAAAAUGGUCACAUGGUUGUUGAAAUUAUCUAGCACAUCAAAAAUAUCACAUCGACAAGUGGCUUUGGAAAUACUAUCCAAGCUUCUAAGUAAUGAUCCCGAACCGUCAAAUGAAAAUCCAGAAUCAAUGUCUGGUAAUACAGAUCAAGCGGGAAACACAAACGAGCCCUCCACAGCAAGUGAAAAUGAAAUGCCAGCGCAAGCCAAUGACACGGAGACUAUUGGAGAAAAUACUGAGGAACAAUUACCUACAAAUGACGAUGACGAAAUUACAGAUGAAGAAGUAUCGAAUCUCCUGAUGCAACGUUCCCACGUGAUUUCCCACUCCGACGUCCUGCGAGCUGUGUACGAGCGCGUCCACGACACCUCCAGCACCAUAAGGACCCGCGCCCUCGUCAUACUCACAGACUGCUUGCACUCGGAACUACCAGCGAUACGGGAGGCUGUGCAGGAACUGAGCGGGGAGGGCGAGGUGUCUCGGCUGGCGGCGGUGGGCGCGCGGUGUGUGUGUGACGAGCGAGCCAUAGUCCGCAAGGCGGCCGUCGGUCUAAUACACAGACUGAUAGCGAACUCGGGCGACGGACGGACACUCACCAAAGAAUAUGCGAUGUUGGUGGGUUUAUGCCGCGAUGCCAGUAUUGUGGUGAGGUCAUCCGCUAUAGCAGCCCUGGGCGAGAUGGUGGGUAAGGCUCCGAGCGAGGCCUCGCUGGACGCCUUCCUCACCGGUCCCAUGCACCAGCUGUCCGACCCUGAAACUAAGAUACAAGAGCAAGUGGUGACGCUGAUCCAACAGCUGUUGAUGGCGCGCUUCAAGAAGUAUGACGCGAGCUCGGACGAGGACCCGCUGCCCUGGCUGUUCCUGGGCGGCGUCACCAGACACAACCUCCGGAGACACCUUCAAAAGGCUUGCACUCUGUUGGUUAAAUCCUCAAAUUAUAUUAAUCAUCGUAUAGUCGAUAUAUUAAGCACGCACCUGAACGUCAAGGACGAGGAGCGGGACCUGCAGUGCCUGGUGUUGCUAACGAGCGUCGCGCGCCACGUGGUCUACUCGGACGUCGGAUUCCUGCUCGAAUAUUAUUACCAUCUAACCGAGAAAGACGGUUACGACACGCGACUGCUUUUGUUACUGCUGGAACUGCUGGCCGCCUGGUCGCGCUGUCUGAAGGAGGAUGACCGGAAAACGCUCAGGGAACACCUGGUGACUAGACUAGCGGCCGCUAGCGAUGAUGGUUGUAGAACAGCGUGCGCGUCUCUGGCAGCCCAAUUAGAUCCAGAGAAUCUUCUAUGGGCGACCGAACUUAUGCAAAUAGCGGAGCGGCGCGCUGUGGCCGGGAAUGACGUGCGCGAGUGGCUGAGGGCCGCGGACGUGUCCCUGGUGGCGCCCGCCCCACCUUCGCCCAGGCUACUGCGACUGUUCCUCACCGCCCUCACAGACCCGCCCCCGGAAUGGGGGCCGGUGCAGUUGGGGUUGUGCGCGGCGGGAGCUGGUCGUUUAUGUCUCAGGUCACGUGAAGCAGCUUCAGCGCUCGCUCCGGCGCUGGCAGCGCUGUUACGGGACGAUAACGAAGCGGCUUCUAUAAACGCACUACUCGCUCUUACAGAUAUCUGUACACGAUACUCUUGUAUAGUGGAGUCCCUGUUGGAGAGUGUGUGUGGAUGUCUGUCGUCCAAGGCGGCGCCCCCUCUUAGACGCGCGGCCGCACGCUCGCUGACUAGAUUAUUCCUGGCGGGCUAUUUAAGAUUACGGACACCCUUGUAUUACCGUUACUGCGCCUUGUUGGCGGACGAGGACCACGACGUGCGCGAGCCCGCGGAGUACUACGUGUCUUGCUGCCUCACAGUGGACGCUAUCUACCACCACUUCGUUGACUGUGUGCUUCAUUACAACAGAGAAGAUACAGAGACUAUAUCAUUCGACGCCCGUCAGUUGAUCUACGACGUGAUGCUGCAGCGGAUGUCCUUAGUCCAGAAGCUGAAUAUCCAGUGUCGCCUGGCCCGAGAGGUGCUGGAACACGCGGCGGACGUGUGUGACGACUGGCAGCCGGGAGGAGCCGACGAGCUGCCGCCCGCGCUCAACGCAACACUACUCGACACCAUCACACUACUGUGCGGACCACGGAUGAAGCUACCCAAAAAACCAGAGAAGGCUGGCGAGAAUGACUUGGACGAUCUCCAGGAGCGUGUGACGACGAAUAUAGUGUCCCAUAUUUUAACGGAGAGAGAGCAGAAAAUGAAGCGCACGGUAGCGGAGGUGUUAGUACCGGCCGUACUGAGACUGUACAGCCACCUGAGGCCGCGCGGUGGUCAGCUGGCCGCCUACCUCGUGAGGAUCGCCACUGACCUGCUCAAUGACUACAGGCUUGAGAUUGAAGAAUUGAUAGUGAACGACGAGGAGUUGAUCCGUCGCGUGCAGCAGUUCCAGGAGACCAUCGGUCUGGAACCCAUCGGGAACGAGAGGAACCUGGUCACCACAUCCGCCCCUCCAGACCCGGACACGCCGCGAGCCAGGAAGCGGCCUCACAGACAACAGACAAAUUCGCACAGGAAGAGAGCGCUCAGGAUAUAGUUACAAAGCAUAUCUUGAUUUAUGAACGGAGAAUUAAAAUCUGUUAAUGACUGAGAAUGUUAAAUAUAUAUAUAUUGUUCUGUUAUGGUUUUUAAGGCAUUUAGAAUGUCCUUUUAUUAUUUUUCUUUUUAAUAACAUUAUUUUGUCAUUCUAAAACUAUCAAUACAAUACUCCACAACCUAUAAGACAUUGGUGUCACAGUAACAUAGACUUUGUAGUAUUAUCUCAUAUUUAAAAAUAAAUAUAUGGCUCUUACAUUUCUGGUAACAUUUUGGCAAAACAAUAUAAAAUAUUAAAGAGAAAAAAACAGACAA